AUGUUUGCAGCUAUAGCCUCCGGGAACCCUUUACAAUUAUCUACAGAAGUCCCUAAUUCAAAUGGAUUACAACAUACUAUUGUGCUUUCAUCUACUAAACCAAAAUCAUACUCUCACAUAACCCUUUUCAUUUUGCCCAAUGUCACAUUUCCUGAUAAUUUCAUCGCAACUGUAUAUUUUAAGCUAACUCCCACGGAGGAUUUUCAACUAUUUGGAUAUUUGGGAAACGAAAAACCAAGUGCAAUAUUCAAAGUGAAGCUACCUACCUCUGGUAUUUCCCAGCCGUGGGGAAGCAGUUACGGAGAUGGGCUGGGUGAAAUAGAUAUGGAUGACAGCGUUGCAGAUACGAACAUCCCUGGUACUCACAAUAUAUCGGAACUUAUCAUUGGCAUAUCUAUUGAACCUCGAGAUCAAGGAAUGCUCAAGAUUCAAGAAUGGAAGGUACAGCAACAGUCAGCAAAGACAAACAAUUCUUCACUGGUAUUGUCGAGACCCGGCAUGGCCGGGACUAUCGGAACUGUUGGCCAAUUAGCAUCGGCAUACCCAAAGUUAACACAGGAACUCGCAGCAAAAAUCGUACAGCACGCCUACAACUAUUUAUCUGGCUUCCUGGAUAACGCAGGUAACGUUUCCAUCAAGAGAUUUGAUACAUGGUGGGACAAGUUCAAAGCUAGACUGGCGAAUGAUGGAUCAUUCCUUGAUGAAGUGACAAGUAACUAA